AGAGACAAACCUGUAGCCGCUGCAAUCACUAUCAAUCAACAGGGGAGACAUUCGGACAGAUGUAGGUCUCGAUCGACGGUGAGAUUUUUGCGGUGUUUGACCCAAAUGUGAGAGAGUGAGUUAUGGAAAGACUUCAGUCUGACUUGGACUGCUGAGGUACUUCCACCACUUAAAUGCAAAGACAAAAUGGGAAGUCUGAAAGACGAGAUGAGAGGUCUCAGAGAGGACCACAAGCCUUGUGAGAAGACGGAUGAUGGAGAGCAUCCAGGCGGCUCAGAUGGCAGCGCUGAGCCCGAGGGACCUCAGAUAAACACGAGUCAAGAGUCAACAACACAAGGGGACUAUCAGCCAAAACAUCACACGAAUGCCAGCUACGUUGAAGAGGGAGACCAGAAUGCAAAAUCUAAAGAUCAAGCGCUUUCAGGAGGCGGUUGUGUAAAAGACUCUACGCAGACUGACGCCAUUUCUCUGACACAACAGCCUGAAGAUGAUGAAACAACAGCAGCCACACACAACGACGCGACAAUCUCUAAUGAGCUCCUGAGUGGUGGAGAUGGAGAUGGUGAAAUUCAGGAGGAGACGUCUCAGGAUAAAACCACAGAAAAAGACGCAGACAUUGAAAAUAUAUAUGUGCCUGUGCCAGCAACCCCAGGCCCCUCAGACCCACGAACCCCAGCUCCUGCCGGCCAGCAACACAUGCACACACAGGUCAGCCUGGAGGUGGUUCAGUGUCACUCGGCGGCCACCAGCCCCAUGACGCCCCCUGAGGGCGGCCAUUCCUUCUUCUUCCCGAGCUCUUUUGGGAAGUCUGGAGCUGUGGGCACUGACACUAAAGAUGCUGAGCUACAGGUGGGUCAGCAGGUGGAGUUCUGCUCUGUGGCCACAUCCCCCAUGACCCCAAAGACGCCCUCGACCACGGCUUUCCCAGUGCUCAUCGGGAGGGAGACGGUGCAGAAGGGGGAGAAAGUGAAAAAGAGUGAGGAGCAUGGGGAGAGUGGCCAACAGGAGAGUUCCCCCGCAACACAAAGUCUGGAAGAGUCAGAGAAAGCUGGAGCUUUGAAAUUUGCCAUAUCAAAGGAGCCGAGCGAGGGCCUCAGCUCGAAUGCAUCUCCAGAGAGCUCCACCAGCUGCCCUGCUGCCGGGUUAAUAGUUUCUCAAGUAACUCUGGAGGAUAGUAAUCAGCUGAGUAAGCAGCAGAGGAUGGGCAGUAUGGAUCAAGACAUUACAAUCCUGGUGACCCACUAUAGCAACAAUGAUGAGGAAGAGGAAGAGAAGGCUGAGUCAUCUCUUUUUACCAUCGAGCCAGAGAUGGUCAAAAUAGAUGAAUAUGAGGAACUCGGAGAGAAAGACAAUGAUGUAAAGAAGGAGGAUGGAAAGGAAAAUGUUGCCCCUGAUGUACAGGACACCUCAAACACAAACCUGCCACAAAAUGAAACCGUAGAAUCCUCUGUGUCCGCAUGUGACGAACCAAAAACAGACGUUAAGUCUGCAAAUUCAGAAGAGAAAGAAAAUGAAGGUGCACGUGAGUUGAGAGACGUGACAAAGCCUCCUGUCCCUGAAUCUCCAGCUCCCUUCGGCUGCCACAACAUCCGCACCCAGGUGAGCCUGGAGGUGGUGCAGUGUCAGUCUGCGGCUACCAGCCCCAUGACCCCUCCUGAGGGGGACCACGCCUUCUACUUCCCCAGCUCUUUGGGGAGAUGUGAAGGUGUAGGCACAGAGACUAAAGAUGCUGAGCUGCAGGUGGGUCAGCAGGUGGAGUUUCGCUCUGUCGCCACAGCACCUAUGACCCCAAGAACGCCCACCGUCACGACUUUUCCUGACAUCAAGAACGAUGCAAGCAUAGAGGAGAAGAUAGUGGAGGAGGAGGAGGAGGAGGAGGAGGAGGAGGAGGAAGAGGAUACAAAGGAGCAGGUGGUGGAGGACAAAGAGAAGGAGAAAGAAACCGAAGAGAAAAAGGUGGAAGCAGCUGAAGAGGACACAAAGGAGGCAGUAAAUUGCAAGGAGAAAUGUGAGGAGCCGGUGCAGGAGGUCAGCUGGGAUGAAAAGGGAAUGACGUGGGAGGUGUACGGGGCAGUGGUGGAGGUGGCUGUGCUGGGCUCAGCCAUCCAGAAACACCUGGAGAAACAGGUGAAGAAGCAGAAGCAGCCCUCCAUGCCUCCACCUCCGCCGCUCAACCCCUCAGCCAUGCCCCUCUCGUCAGAGUCCAUCCAGGGGGGUUCGGGCUCUGGUUCAGGUUCGGGUAAGGGCCGGGCGGGAAAGAGGGGAGACCGGGACGGGGAGGUGAGCCGACGCAGAAGAAACCCCUUCCGUCAGCUGAUGGAGAACAUGCAGCAGCCACAUUGUUGCUCCAAAGCUCACACCGCAGAGUGACACAAGAGUCCUGUUGAGA